UCUCCCAGCGAGCCUGUGUGUCGGGCACAGCGGCACUUCUGUCACUUUGUGCUUCCAGAGCCCCCCUCAGUAUCCACAAACACCCACCCGACAACCACAGGCAGUAGGAUUAGUGAAGAAUGGGGUCAUCUGUUGCCCUGCCGGCACUGCUGCUUGCUCUGGGCUUCACCACUAAUGUAUGGAGCCUGAACCCGGACGACCCCAAUGUCUGCAGCCACUGGGAGAGCUAUGCCGUGACUGUUCAGGAAUCCUACGCGCACCCAUUUGACCAGAUUUACUACACCAGAUGCACCGACAUCCUCAACUGGUUUAAAUGCACAAGGCACAGGAUCAGCUAUAAGACGGCUUACCGGCGGGGAGUGAGGACCAUGUAUAGGCGCCGCUCGCAGUGUUGCCCCCGUUACUUUGAGAGCGGAGACUUGUGUGUUCCUCAGUGUACAGAGAAGUGUGUCCACGGUCGCUGUGUGUCCCCUGAUGCAUGCCAGUGUGAGCCCGGAUGGGGUGGACUGGACUGCUCUAGUGGCUGUGAGAGCGACUAUUGGGGACCUCACUGCAGCAGUCGGUGCCAGUGCCAAAAUGGGGCUAAGUGUAACCCCAUCACAGGUGCCUGUGUCUGCACUGAUGGGUACCAGGGAUGGCGAUGUGAGGAGCCCUGUGAGCAGAGCUACUAUGGCAAGGCAUGCCAACUAGCCUGCCAGUGUCUCAAUGGUGCCACCUGCAACCACGAGACAGGAGAGUGCAUCUGUGCGCCGGGAUACUCGGGGGCUUUCUGUGGAGAGCGCUGCCCCUCCGGUAGUCACGGGCCUCAGUGUGAGCAGCGCUGCCCCUGUCAGAAUGGAGGAACGUGUCACCACAUCACUGGAGAUUGUUCCUGCCCCAUCGGGUGGACGGGUUCAGUUUGUGCCCAGCCGUGCCCUCUAGGCAAGUACGGCAUCAACUGCAGCAAGGAUUGCUCCUGUCGUAAUGCUGGGCUGUGCGACCACGUCAUGGGGCAGUGCCGGUGUGCAGCUGGCUUCAGUGGACGCAGGUGCCAGGAUGACUGUCCUGUUGGCACCUUCGGUCCGCAGUGUAACCAGAGGUGCGAGUGUCAGAAUGGAGCCAAGUGUCACCAUAUCAAUGGAGCCUGUCUGUGUGAAACAGGAUUUAAAGGCCCUAAUUGCCAAGAGAGAUUCUGUCCUCCAGGCCUCUACGGCCUCAUCUGUGACAAGUACUGCCCCUGUAAUACCACCAACACAGUGAGCUGCCACCCGCUUUCUGGUGAAUGCACCUGCUCUGUGGGAUGGACCGGGCAUUACUGUAAUGAGACCUGCCCUCCUGGAUACUACGGAGUGGGAUGCAUGCUGCCUUGUAGCUGCACCAACGGAGCUGACUGCCAUCCUGUCACCGGCACUUGUAUAUGUGCCCCUGGGUACAUGGGUGAGGACUGUGCUACAGUGUGUCCUGCUGGUCUCUACGGACCCAGCUGCAUCUCCACCUGCUCCUGCCAUAAUCACGCAUCCUGCUCUCCGGUCGACGGCUCCUGCAUCUGCAGGGAAGGCUGGCAGGGUAUGGACUGCUCCCUCUUCUGUUCCAGCGGUGCGUGGGGUCUGGCCUGUAAUCAGACAUGCGUAUGUGCCAAUGGAGCUGCAUGUGACCCUAUGGAUGGCACCUGUACAUGUUCACCCGGGUGGAGAGGAGCGCGCUGUGACGAGUCCUGUCAUGAUGGCACCUAUGGGUUGGAGUGUCGCCAGCGCUGUGACUGUAGCCAUGCCGAUGGUUGUGAUCCAGUGAGUGGCUACUGUCGCUGCUACCCCGGCUGGACAGGAAUCCACUGUGAUAACGUGUGCCCACAAGGCUUCUGGGGACCCAACUGUUCAGUCAGCUGUUCCUGUCAGAACGGAGGGUCCUGCUCUCCAGAGGACGGUACAUGUGUGUGUGCACCUGGCUACAGGGGGACGUCCUGCAAAAGAAUCUGCUCUCCGGGGUUCUACGGGCAUCGCUGCAGCCAGUCGUGUCCGCAGUGUGUGCACAGCACCGGGCCGUGCCAUCAUGUCGCUGGCCACUGCAAGUGCCUGUCUGGCUUCUCCGGAUCUCUGUGCAACCAAGUCUGCCCAAGUGGCAGGUAUGGGAGGGUCUGCGCUGAGAUCUGCCUCUGUACCCACAACGGCACCUGCAACCCCAUCGAUGGCUCCUGCCAAUGCUUCCCUGGAUGGAUAGGAGAGGAUUGCUCUCAUGCCUGUCGCUCUGGGCACUGGGGCCCUGAUUGUCUCAACUCGUGUAACUGUCACAACGGAGCCCAGUGCAGCGCCUAUGAUGGAGAGUGCAGGUGCUGGACCGGACUCUACUGCGCACAUCGCUGUCCUUCAGGGUUCUACGGCAGGGAUUGCUCUGAAGUCUGUCGCUGCCAAAAUGGCGCCGACUGUGACCACAUCGCUGGCCAGUGUGCUUGCCGAACAGGCUUCAUUGGGACGAGCUGUGAGCAGAAGUGUCCUGCUGGUACAUUUGGAUACGGUUGCCAACAGUUGUGUGAGUGCCUGAACAAUGCUACCUGUGACUAUGUGACUGGAACAUGUUACUGCAGCCCCGGAUAUAAAGGCAUCCGUUGUGAUCAAGCAGCUCUGAUGAUGGAGGAGCUGAACCCGUACACCAAGAUUAGCCCAGCACGAGGCACGGAGCGCCAGUCUGCGGGGGCCGUCAUGGGCAUCAUCUUUCUCCUCCUCAUCAUCAUGGCCAUGCUCAGCCUGUUUGUGUGGUACAGACAGAGGCAGAGGGACAAAGGCCAUGAGAUCCAGCCCAGUGUGUCCUACACACAGGCGAUGCACAUCAGCAACACCGACUAUUCCCUGUCUGAUUGCGGCAGCACUGUCGCGAUGAGGACCAGCGCUGCUGAGGUCAAUCAGAGCCAGGACAGCAGUAGCCAGUGCUUCUCCAACCCUAGUUACCACACUGUGGCCCAGUGUAACGUUGUCUCAACCAUCUCCAGCGACCUGGAUGGCACUCUGACCCUCAAAUCAAGCACUCUGAAAAGUCGAAACGGCUCCGAAUGGAGAGCCUACUGCAACCUCAAUGACCUCGAUGUUCAACAGGGGGAGACACAGAGAGGCUCCAAACAGGAUUACACCAAGGGCUCCAUGUGCAGCAACAGCUCCUGCUCCCUGAAUAGUGAGAAUCCGUACGCCACCAUUAGAGACCCACCAGGGCUGGCUUGCAAGCCCACAGAGAGCAGCUAUGUGGAGAUGAAGUCCCCCUCCCACCGUGAGGUGCCCUUUGGAGGCACUGCCACCCUCUUGGGCAGUGCGAGCAGGAAUGUCUAUGAUGUUGAGCCAACAGUGAGUGUCCUGCAGGGACCCAAUGGAAUGGCCACCGGCUUCUCCCAAAGCCCCUAUGACCUCCCUCGCAGCAGCCACAUCCCCAGCCACUAUGACAUACUGCCCAUGCGUCACAGCCCCACGCACACACCCCCACCCCUCCCAGAAAGCCCCAGCUCCCUGCUCUAGAGGGUGAACCCUCCGCCCGGCUCUGAAAGGGUGCCGACAUCUAGGCAACGUUCAGCCAACUUUCAACCAACGGCCCUGCCUCUGUCUCCGAGUGUGUUCAAUUAGAUACCGAGGUGUUGAGAUGGGGGGACAGCCACAGCUCUUCUGGACACUGCACUCUUUGGCUCCCUCACUUCCACUUUUUUCUGUGGCCCUGAAGGAUGGAGGGGAGGAAAGAGUGACACACACACCAGCGACCAUUCAACCAUUUUAUUUUCCUAUAGAACUGAUGAUUCAAACUGCUUCCCGGCCUCUUCAUGGACCUCCUGAAGUGGAACAUAAUGGUUCCAAACAGUGCUAAGGGCAGCACACAUGGAUUGGGGCGGAGAGAUUAUUUACAGGGAGAGAGCUAUUCUCACGCUCAUUUUAAGCCCAUUAUAUAGGUUUACCAUUCUGGAGCAGCCAAGUGUUCGUAAUGCCCCAUAAACGGAAGUGGUUUUCUCCACAGGACGUAAGGAAUAGCGACCUUGACCCUUUCAAAGCAGGUGAAGAUGUACUACUUCCAGACAUUAGAGUUUAUGAAUUGUUACUGUGUGCAGCUGCAGAUCACAACACAUCUGAUAUGAAGAGAUUAUGAUCAUGAGGUGAAGACAUGUGCAGUCAAAUAUUAGAGAACUCUCUGUUCUAAAUGUGGAACAUGGAGACGCGGCUAUAUGAGUGAUCCAAGUCUGAUAAAGCAUGGAUGAAUCGUAAAAUAUUGUAAUGGUCCUUUUAUUCACUGUUAUCCAGUAAUGAUCACACAGUUCAAACUAAGGCGUAACAUUGUGUGUGUGACUCAAGAGCUUCUUUUAAAUUGCAGUGUAAAUGAGGCCUGGUGUAUCCCGAGAUGCAUCCAGGUUACCAGUGUAUAAGCAUUAUGCCGUUACUAAGAGAUAGUAACGAGCAAUAGGUGUCAAGUUUUUUCUCCCCACACUAAUGAGGUUAUCAGAUAUUGUGUUGUUUUCUAUGUGAAAGCGUUUUUCUUGCAAAUGUCUUAGUUUACAUUUGUGAAUUAACUGGUGUUGAGACGGGAUUACUUUGACCUUUUAUGUUUUGUAUUUAUACAGCUAAUUGCUUUAUUUAUUUAUGUUAGUGAUGGUGACUUUUUAUCAAUGUGACACUAGAAUAUUAAAAAAAGAUGCGCAUGAUCAGAUAAUGGAUACCCACUGAUGUAAAUAACACACAAUGUAUCUUCUUGUGAGAUGAUCAGUGUCAUUUUGUGUGUGUUUUUGAAGUUACUUAAAAUGUUCUUUCUCUCUCUGUCGGAUUGUAAUUUUAAAAACAAGGUUUCAUCUGACCAAGUCAAGGCCCUCAAAGUAUUUACACAGGGAACCACACCGUAUGUAAAAAGUCCAUUUCUAAAAUAUUUUAUGUUUGUAUCAGGCAAAUUAAAUUAUUUAUUAAUUGAACUGAAUUUAUUCAUUCACUAUGUGAAUUUCAUUUCACCCUCUGUAGAAGCAAUAACAUGUUGACAAUCGAUGCCCAGACAGCGAUUCAUUAGUGCGGGACAUUAUGACAUCUUUGACCGGUGUGGAUCAUAUUUUACGUGACUGUUUUUCCUCCGGGAAGGUUUUUCCCAGUUGCUGUCAUAUCGAUGCUGCUUGUUGUUUUGGUACAUACGUUUCAAAUUAAAAGCCUAUUCUGCCAUCAGAAAGCUGUUUUGGUCAGGUUAAUACCUGGAUAGAUAGAAGAUGAAUGUACAUCUUGUGUUGAGUUUUACACAGGAUGUGUCUCUCUUUGUCUGUCGCUCUGAAUAAUGAAGCAUCAUGCCAAUGAAUGUUGACCAGCCUGAUAAAUGAAGGAUUCCACUCUAACAAAUAAGAAAUGUUACCAAUGUCUGUGAAAUGCCAACAUCUUGUCCAGAAAAAUCAUGGCCUCACAUUUUUCUUGCUUCAUGAAUAGUGACAUUUUGUCAAAGUGCUCUUAUGUUAAAAAAGCUUUUCAGAACGGUGAUCCCCGGAUUUAUGCAUCGUAGGUUUCACAGUUCUGUAUAACUUGUCAUUUAAAUUAUUAUUAUUAUUAUUAUUUAAAGCAUUUUAUUAUU